AUGUAUGAUUGUUUAGUGCUAAAUGGCUGUACAGAUGGAGAUAAAGAUGGUAAUUUCACCUUUAUAGGCGGACAAGGAAAAUCUGUUAUUGACUACUGUGCGCUAAAUAAUGACUGGCACGAUCACAUAACGAGAUUCGAAGUUCAAUCUAAAAACUUUUCUGAUCAUAUGCCUAUCGUGGUUGAAUGGGCAGACAACAUGACGUCAACUGUAAAGAACCUACAGCUCAUCCCACGACUUAAAUGGAAAAAAAAUGAAAUAAAUUUGUAUCGCAACAAUCUCGACAACAACCUAUCACUCCUUAACGAUUCAUCAGACUCAACAGAAUUACUUUCAAACAAACUUAUUUCUUGCAUUAGAAACUCCGCAAAUAAGCCCACAAGUUGUAGAAACAAGAGUUAUAAACAGGAAUGGUUUGACAAAGAAUGUAUGAAAGCUCGAAAUAAGUCGUUUACUCUCUUGAAUGCAGUUCGAAACUCUGAUUGUCAAAAUUUGAAACAGUGGUACAUAGAAGAAAAUACACGCUAUAAAAAUCUCUGUCUUAAAAAGAAGACAGAAUACGAAAACCAACAAGCCCUUUCUCUAAGUCAAACUAAAGAUUGUAAAGAGUUUUGGAAAAUCACGAAAAUGAUUAACGGAUCAAAUUUUACAAUAGGGCUUGGAGUAUCUGCUGAAGAUCUAGCUGGCCACUUCAAAAACAUCUUAUGUGGCAAGUCAAGCGACCAGUUUUUGUAUGCUGAACCACUUUUAACGGAUGAGAUACUGGACUCUGAAAUCACAUUUGCUGAAAUACAAGCUGUAAUUCUGAAAGCCAAAAAUGAUAAAGCUCCUGGAGAAGACGGUAUUGCUUAUGAGUUCUUCAAGAACGGUACAGAAGCACUUAUUAUCAAACUCAAAUCACUCUUUAAUGACGUUUUUAACAAGCAGGAAGUCCCAACAUCAUUCAAAACAGCGGUAAUAUUUCCGAUUCAUAAAAAAGGUUAA